AUGCAAGAGAAGGUUUCCAGCGCAUCCCAGCCUGCUAAUCCUCCAGCUGCAAGAUCAAUGCAGCGUUGUGAGGAUCCCUGUACACCAGACGAGGACCUUCACAAACCGCUCCGGGAAAUAGAGAAUGCAAACAAGACUUCUCAGGGAAACUGUCUCACCAUCACCGAAGAGCCCGGGCCAAGUGACCAGAAUAACGGCGAUGUGCAAAGCCAGCCGGAGAAACCUCGACUGACGAUUCGGCAAAUUCGAGAAGCAGCACAAAGCAAAGUCCAGGCGCGACAGGAGUCCCACCCUCCUACGCCGCCUUCGGUGCCGCCGCCGAAGAAGAAGCCAUCGAUCCUGGGCGGGCUUUUCCAGGUUCGAGAACCGACACAGGUCGCCUUAAAUCAGGUUGCUGCACAAUUAGUUGCGCAGCAUGGAUCAACAAGUGCAACUAAGGUGCCCAAUGUGCGACUCGAAAAGAUGCCGGACUUUGUACCCAAAGUCAACUCAAAAUGGGAUGGCAUCCCUGACGGCGUCAAACAAAUGCAGAAGAAAGAGAAGGAAAGAGAAAAGGAUCGAUCCAAGUCGUCCAGACGUGACGGCUCUGGCAACACUUACCUGAGGACUGGAAGCCGUGACCGAAGAGACGACGAACGGGGAAGUUUGAAUAGUCGAACUUCGAGUUCGACAACGGAUUCACUUGCUAGCCGUGGCAGGUCAAGCGGAUCACACACUGCUUCUGCGCGAACUCGGUUCUAUGCCCCCUCAGCCAACUCCUCCGGUGACCUGGCAUCACAGCAUCGAACCGAUCGGCUUCUGCCUGGAAGACACUCCAGACCUUCGCCAUCCCCCACCAAUCAGUCCCAAGCCAAUUCGGUAGACAGUGUCCCUAAGGUCCGAGGACUUCAACGAGAGGUUGACACUGUACCUAGUCGAAGCUUGUCUUUGAAGCAACAUACUACGCAGGACAAUGGUCCAUCCAAUCCGAGCAUCGAUGGCCGGCUACGCGUUGGGCAGUCAGUAUCAGCUCAAGUACCGCCAUCUCCCGGUAAUGAGCCACUGCCGGCACAUUCUGCUUCGCCAGUCUUUACUCCAACAGAACUAUCUCCAGUGACUCCUACUUUCGAAGGCCAACCGAAUUAUAACCACAAUCUGUCGGCGGCGCCAAAGGAGAACUUCAUCUUCACGUCCUCUGGCCCUGGAGUUUUAGGACAACCGGCUGUUGCACACAAUAGCAAGACGAAUCUUGCAUCCGGUACGUUCCUUGCAGGAGAAGCACAAGAGCUAGCUCUAGCAGAUAAUGAUACAGACCGUCGCAUGGCGGAUUUGCCCGAGAAUGUUGAAGGCAACGACGAAGAUGUAACCGGCAAUCCUUCCACAACUCCUCGCAAACAGAAAGCCCUCGAGAAACGGCCAGAUAGUUCGCGGGCCAGACUUGGUUCUCGGGCAAACAUGCUCGUUAAGGAAGAAGUCACACCUUGGGAAGUGCAAGGCAAGAAGCAGACGUCUGUUUCAGCCCAGAAACCUGUUGCUGCGGCCAGUCCACGAGCGACUCCGAGUCCGCGCAACAGAUUCCACAAACCUUUUCCUUUCUUCGGCAAGGACAAGGAUAAAAGUUCGGCAUGA